GGGCCUGGGGGAGGGGGCGCCGGCGCGCGGUCGCGGCCAUCCCCCUGCCGGGGCUGGCGAGGUGCUGUUAUUCCCUCAGGCCGUUCGUUGGCUGGCCCGCCGCUGCCUCCUGCAGGCCGUGGACCGGGUUCAGAUGACUGCACUUGCAGGAGGAGUAUGAGCGUGCCCGCACUGGAUGGAGUGCCCAGCCUUUCCUGUGUUCAGAGUCUUUGUUCUAUCACAGUGGUGCACAGCUGAAACCUCAAUCAAACCAGUAGAGCGCGUGAAUUGUUUCUAAACAGUCUCAAACCAUGAAUUAUGUGGGCCAGCUGGCUGGGCAGGUGCUCGUCACUGUCAAGGAACUCUACAAGGGCAUUAACCAAGCCACGUUGUCUGGGUGCAUCGAUGUGGUCGUGGUGAGACAGCAGGAUGGCACCUAUCAGUGCUCACCUUUCCAUGUGCGCUUUGGGAAGCUGGGAGUCCUGAGAUCCAAGGAGAAAGUGAUUGAUAUAGAAAUCAAUGGCAGUGCAGUGGAUCUUCAUAUGAAAUUGGGUGAUAAUGGAGAAGCCUUCUUUGUAGAGGAGACUGAAGAAGAAUAUGAAAAGUUACCUGCUUAUCUUGCCACCUCACCCAUUCCUACUGAAGACCAGUUCUUUAAAGAUAUUGACACCCCUUUGGUGAAAUCAAGUGGAGAUGAAAGACCAUCUCAGAGCUCCGACAUUCCUCACGCCUUGGAGACAGAGACAGUUUUCACUCCAAGUUCUGUGAAAAAGAAGAAACGGAGGAGAAAGAAGUGCAAACAAGACAGCAGGAAGGAGGAGCAGGCCGCUUCUCCUGCUGUGGAGGACACAUGCGAUGUGGCCGUGAGCUCUGAUGACGAGAAGGGGACCCAGACGACAAGAGGAUCUUCAAAUGCUUCCUUAAAGGAAGAAGACUAUAAGGACCCUCCACUCUUCCAUUCUGGGGAUCACUACCCCUUAUCUGAUGGAGAUUGGUCCCCAUUAGAAACCACUUAUUCCCAGGCAAUGUGUCCUAAGAGUGAUUCAGAGCUGGAGGUGAAGCCAGCUGAGAGCCUGCUCAGAUCUGAGUCUCACAUGGAGUGGACUUGGGGCGGGUUCCCAGAGUCUACCAAGGUCAGCAAAAGAGAAAGAUAUGACUAUCAUCCGAGGACAGCUACAAUCACACCAUCAGAAAACACUCAUUUUAGGGUAAUUCCCAGUGAAGACAGCCUCAUAAGAGAAGUUGAGAAGGAUGCUACUGUUGAAGAUACUAUCUGUACCAUAGUGAAACCCAAACCCAGAGCCCUGUGUAAGCAACUGAGUGAUGCAGCUUCUACUCAGCUUCCUGAACUGCCUCUUGAAGCUCCUCAGAUUUCAUCUAUGUUAGAUGCAGACCAUGUUCCCAGUGCAUCCUCAAUAGAGGCUCCCUCAGAACCCAAACCAGCUGCUAAAGUAGACUCACCAACAAAGAAGAAAGGUGUUCACAAAAGAAGUCAGCACCAGGGACCUGAUGACAUUUACCUUGAUGACUUAAAGGCUCUUGAGCCUGAAGUGGCAGCUCUCUAUUUCCCUAAAAGUGACACAGACCCUGGCUCCCGCCAGUGGCCCGAGUCCGACACCUUCUCUGGCUCUCAGUCCCCACAGUCUGUGGGCAGUGCAGCUGCAGACAGUGGCACCGAGUGCCUCUCAGACUCUGCCAUGGACUUGCCUGAUGUCACUCUCUCCCUCUGUGGAGGCCUCAGUGAGAAUGGAGAGAUUUCUAAAGAAAAGUUCAUGGAGCAUAUCAUCACUUACCAUGAGUUUGCAGAAAACCCUGGCCUUAUCGACAACCCGAACCUGGUAAUACGGAUAUAUAACCGUUACUACAACUGGGCUUUGGCCGCUCCCAUGAUCCUUAGCUUGCAAGUAUUCCAGAAGAGUUUGCCUAAGGCCACGGUCGAGUCCUGGGUUAAAGACAAGAUGCCAAAGAAAUCUGGUCGGUGGUGGUUUUGGCGUAAGAGAGAGAGCAUGACCAAACAGCUGCCAGAGAGCAAAGAGGGAAAAUCUGAGGUCCCGCCAACAAAUGAUCUGCCUUCUAGUGCUGAGGAGCCAAUCAGUGCCAGUGUGCUGUUGGCUAGGCCUGCAGAGAACGAUACUUCUAGUGACGAGGGGUCCCAGGAGUUGGAAGAAACAAUCAAAGUCGACACCAUCUCCAUCGAGACACUGGGUCACUGUAGCACAGCUUCCUAUAAGAAGUCGCUCCGGCUCUCCUCGGACCAGAUAGCAAAAUUGAAGCUUCAUGAUGGCCCCAAUGACGUGGUGUUCAGUAUUACAACCCAGUAUCAGGGCACCUGUCGCUGUGCGGGUACCAUUUACCUGUGGAACUGGAAUGACAAAGUGAUCAUCUCUGACAUCGAUGGAACAAUAACCAAGUCUGAUGCCUUGGGACAGAUUCUCCCACAACUGGGUAAAGACUGGACUCAUCAGGGCAUAGCGAAGCUCUACCAUUCUAUCAAUGAGAACGGUUACAAGUUUCUAUACUGUUCCGCACGUGCCAUUGGCAUGGCCGACAUGACCCGUGGCUAUCUGCACUGGGUCAAUGACAAGGGCACGAUCCUGCCCCGAGGCCCUCUGAUGCUGUCUCCCAGCAGUUUGUUCUCUGCCUUCCACAGGGAAGUGAUAGAAAAGAAACCAGAGAAGUUCAAAAUUGAGUGUCUGAAUGAUAUUAAGAACCUCUUUGCCCCGUCCAAGCAGCCCUUCUAUGCUGCCUUUGGAAACCGUCCUAACGAUGUCUAUGCUUACACACAAGUCGGAGUUCCAGACUGUAGAAUAUUCACCGUGAAUCCAAAGGGUGAAUUAAUACAAGAAAGGACCAAAGGAAACAAGUCAUCGUAUCACAGGCUGAGUGAGCUUGUGGAACACGUGUUCCCACUCCUCAGUAAGGAACAGAAUUCUGCCUUUCCCUGCCCAGAGUUCAGUUCCUUCUGCUUCUGGCGAGACCCAAUCCCUGAUGUGGACCUGGAUGACCUAGCUUGAACAGGGCCUGUAUGGCAAGGUGGGGUCACUGUCACUCACCUCUAAGCAGGGAAGAUAACUGGCCCUCUUACAGAUGAAGAUCCAGGGGCUGGCAGUCAGGAACCUGCUUUCCAGAACAGGGACAGGGUCCCCGAAGCUGGCACUGCCGCCCUCAUUCACCUUCCCAGGCCACCACUCAGCACCUGGACAGAGGAAUAAGGGACUCAGCCUGAGGUACAAGCCUGUGCUCCGUCCCAUGGGGUCCCUCACAUGCUUCCUGUGGAGGUGUGUGCUGUGCACCACUCACCUGCAUAACUUAACAUGGAAGAAGUCAGAAACUGAAAAAGAAUGGACCAGCACAUGACUACACACAGUAAAGAGUUAAAAUUUCCACUGCUCAGUUGAGAUCGUUUCUCUCUCUAACCAGGGCUUUCUCCAGAGGUCCAGUUAGUGUUGUAGCUUCAUGUACAUGUCCUCCUCAGGACACUCCACUCUUGAACACUGAACUAGGACAGCUGCUUCGUGUGCCAGCACCACCAGCCCCACUAGACCAGCGUGGGCGUGGGGGAGAGCACCCGGCAUCAUCAUCUUCUCAACCUGCGCCUGCUGCACAGUGAGGAAGAAGCUGUUUAAGUUACUGUUUUAACCUAGCCAGAAGAACAAAUGCAUAUUUUAUGUCUGGAGUAAGAGUGAAAAAUUGGUUUAAAAUACAGAAAAAGGCAGCAGCUUCGCCUUACAAUGUAGAAAGGCAGUUGCCCUGGGUCCUGGGAGUUGUUACCCUUUUCUCUGACAGUGUCACCUGACAUUAGUGGCCCUUUGCAAGUAGGUAUUUCAGGACAGGGUUUCUGGAAUUCUGGGCUUCAGAGUUGCCAGGGGAAAGCCUUUGGCUAGUGGCAUUGACCAGUCAUUUGGAUUUCAGCCAUGUAAUGAGUCCCUGGAGGCAUGGGAGACAGGAGUCAUGGAGUGCCUGUUGAGAGCUAGCACCUCAGCAGUGGCUCCAGCCCAUUGUUGUGACUCAUCUGCCAGCUCUAACUCAGUUGACACUGCAGAUGUGGCCCCAUGGGAAUGUGGGGGUACCCUUCAUUUCCUUGGCAGCAUCAUGCACUGGCCUAGUUAAGUGCUCUUGUCAAAUGUCAGGACAGAUGGCACCAGGGAGGGUUGUGUCCUGGAAUCUCCAGAGCCUAUGAUCAGCUGGGUGUGGACAGUCAACUGCAGUGCGAACAUCAAGAGAGUGUUGGCAGAAGGCAUCCCAGAGACCUUCAGUGGUUCUUGGUCACAGCCCUCCACUGGGAAGAUGCUUCUGAGCAGAGAGGGGCUGCAGAUCAAGAUGGUUCCACUUCCAACUCUGCAUGCCCUGUAGUUAGAUGGAUGGCCUUGUCAGUGUUUUAGAUUGCUUCACCUAACAUAAUACUCACCUAGAGUUGGUUUAGAAAAGGGGUGGUUAUUUUCCAGAUUGGAGAGUUGAGUGUCCCUGCCUCAUUUCAGUAUUGCAGUUGAAUGCAGAGACCAUGGUAAAAUUCUUUAAUAAAAGAAGAAAAAAACCUCUUUGAACAUAGUUCUCAGUGGCAAAACCACUUGGAGGCACAUGCUCCCAGAGAAGGGGCAAUACAGGCUUCCACAGUGCUGACGUUCCCCAUAAGUAGUUGACGUCUCCUUCAUGAGUUAUUUGUGUUAGGCAGUAGGGAAACUCGGUUGUUUGUGUGAAUUCUUCCCAGUUAGUGAAGUAAGAUUCUGCUAAAGCAGCCACAUGGCACUUGAUGCUGUCAAGCUAAUCAGCACCUCCUGGGACUUGGGCGCACUUUUAAGGAAUAAUGAGAGUUGUGUGUGCUUAACCUGAGCUUAGUAGAAUCUCUGAUACAGAAAAUCUUAUCAUGUUUCCUCCUUAGACUGUUUUAGUUUGCCCUUUAUGGAGUUUUUGCCUAGGUAGUCUGUUUCCUUUUCUUGACAAACUGUUCUUUGGACACACGGGCCUUUUCAGAGGGCCCGGCUUAGGAUCUGGGGCUCCUGGCCUGUGCUGAUCCUUCUGCCCCGGUGUCCAUUAGCCCUGCACUUGUCACUACAGAUUGAUCAGUGGGUAUUUAGGCUAAUGAAUGUAACUCUUUUUCCUUAUUUAAAGGAGUCUUCUCGCUAAAAGUAGAUGAUUACUAUUACUGUAGUGUUAUGAAGUAUUAGGUUUGUGCUGAAAAUCCAUUGCCAUUUGUUACAAAUGACAUUUGUUCUUUCUGUGAAAGAGAGAUGCCUUCAAGUGUGUUUGCACACAAACCCUUAGCUGGCUUGUUGCAGUCUCACCCUUGCCGUCGGUGACAGGUGAUAUUGAAGGGACGCUGCUGGCGGACUGGCCUCUGAGUUGUUAGGUCAGCUGUUGCGUAGUGAAGUGGCCCCUCAGUCCUCCAGUUCACUCUGACUUGAGUGUUUGCUUUGAUGUUGAGUGUUGAAGCUUGCACUGCUAUAGAAUUGAUGGCUGCUCUGCAUCAGGCUAUGGGAUGCACAUGUGGACCUGGAGCAUGCACAUUAACCCUGUGAUCAGUACUGCAUUUCCUGUGGUCUAACCUGUCUGCAUAGUUCCAGUUGGGAAAAGAAAUGUCCUAUUGUGAUGACCCCAAACUAAAGCUGCUAAAAAUCAUAGAAGGGACAAGGACCAGAGCCAAGCGGCAGGGAAGCUUCUGUCCUUCGAAGCCCCUUUGCCCAUGGGACGGGUCCAGCUUUCUGUAGUACUCCUGCAGCAUGGCGUCCAUGAGAGAGAGAGAGAGAAACGGUUAAGGUGACAUGAACAACCUUCUCUUUUUGCAAAUUGGUCGUUGCAGGGAGCUCGACUUAGACCUUCAUUGUAUCGCUCUGGGACACUGCGUUUCUGAGCUUAAGAGCAUGCUGGGGGUUCUUGAAAACUGGGUGAAGUAAGUGCUCUUUCAGGUGAAAACGUUUUGUUUUGAUUUGAAGGCAGAGGAAAGAUUGCUCUUUUAAUAACUGUGUUCAGCUGAUGACGUAUUUGAUUAUUAGCCGGCAUUGUCACUAAGCAGUUUAAGUUGUGUAACCGUAAACACCAGUGCAGUACCUCAGUUAUGGUAAAGAUGUCUUCAGAUGAACGGCUCAUAUUUUGGUGCAGUGUUUGAUGUUCACAACAAAAUGUUACAAUAAUAAACUAACAUAAACUGAG